AAAACGGUAGAGCUUGGGAGAUCUGUGUUCCUCCUCAUCCGCCAUUGCAAGACUGCCUCUGUUUCCGUUCUGAGUACCGUCUCGUUUCCUGCAUUUUACCCUUCGAGAAGGGAAAAGCGAAAGGAAGAUUCCUUUCUCUCUCUCUGCGAGGCUCUUUGCAGCCAUUGCAGAAGCCCGUGAAAGCUUCUUGAUCCGAGAAGCGUCGCAGAGAGAGAUCCAUCCUACAUUCUUACUUCCCUACCGCAUUUCUUGGGAUUCUUCCCCUGAAGCAACGAGAGAGUGGAAACGAUUACUUCUCGAUUCGGAAUUCGGAGUCCAAUGGCGGUUUCUAGGGCUUCUUUUGGAUUUGUGGCUGCCGCCGCCCUCAUCUUCGCCAUCUUCUUGCCGGUCGCCCACCCUCACUCCUUGCCUCCCGCACCCGCUCCCUCCAGCGACGGGACAUCCAUAGAUCAAGGAAUAGCAUAUGUGUUGAUGUUGGUGGCAUUGGCACUCACAUAUCUCAUCCACAAUGCAGACUUAUCCAACAGCUUCUAGAAGAUUUGUAGAAGAGAUUUGAGGGAAUUAGCAUAUUGAUUGAUUGUACUUUGGUAGUAGUUUGUGUGGGUGUUUCUCUUAUUUAUUAUUGCAUUGCUAUUUUGUACAGUCUCCUCAUUUUGUAUAACACUUAUUUGGCUAUUGUUUUUUUGGUGGCACCC